AUGAACCUUUAUGAUGAAGUUAGACUCUACUCCAACACCGCCGAGCGCGAUAGAUUUGAGAACCUCGCCACGCUAUUCGGCAUCAUACACUCGCUCGACUAUUUGGAGAGAGCGUAUGUGAGGGAUUCUAUAACGCAAUCGCAGUACGCUCCUGCUUGCGUGAAGCUACUUGCGCAGUUCAAAACCAUAUUGAAGUUGGUAGCUGGGGAUAUUGCCGGAUCUGUUGAUGAAUUCAUGGCGCAGUAUAAUAUGGAUUGCCCUGCCGCUGCUCAUCGCCUGCAUGUCGGUGUGCCUGCUACUGUCGAACACUCGGCGGAGGAGGGCGUCGAGACUGGUAAAUGGGUAGCUGAAACGACUCAGUGCUUCAUUACGUUUAUGGAUGCUCUCAGACUCAACCUGCGUGCUAAAGACCAGCUCCAUCCCAUGCUAACAGACCUCAUGAGCGUGUAUUCCCGCUUCAAAGGCUCGGCAGAGUGGGAAGGUAGGCCGAAACUCGUUGGCUGGUUGAUCAGCCUCAACAAGAUGAAAGCAGCUGAUGAGAUUACAGAUGAGCAGUCACGGCAGCCACCUCCAAAGCCAAAGAACUCACGAAUGCUGACGCUGAUCAACUACAGACUGAGAGUGACGCUUAACGACACUCGUCAGAUAAUUGGACAAAUGUUGGCAUUCGAUAGGCAUAUGAAUUUGGUUCUCGUUGAUUCUAUCGAGUUUAGAAGGCUCAAAGGUCCUUCAAACCAGGGCGACAUUCCCAAAGAAAUGAAGAGAGCGCUUGGACUAAUUGUGCUGCGUGGAGAGACUAUCAUUUCAAUAUCCGUCGAAGGUCCACCACCAGUUAAGGAUGAGGAACCAAUUUCUGCUGGUCCUGGGCUCGGUGCUCCAGCAGGCAGAGGAAUGCCACUGGGUGCAGGUAUGGGAGCUGCCCCACCCGCUUUCCAGGCUCGUCCAAUGCCAUAUGCUGGUGGUCCUCCACCUCCUGGGUUCCCGGGACCUGCGCCUGGAUUCAGACCACCACCGGGAUUCCCUGGUGCUCCUUCAAUGCCUGGAUUUCCAACACCGCCUCCUGGCUUCGGCGGUAUGCGUCCACCACCAAGCUAA